AUGCCCGGGACGGUAGUGAAGAAGACAGGACCAGUGUCGGCAGAAGUACAGCUUGAUGAUGGUCUAAUUAUCCGGCGUCACCAAGAUCAUCUCCGCAUUCGCACUGAUGUUCCUCAAACAACUAUAGCGAGUGGAUUGGAAGACAUUCAACUACCAACCAGGGAGGUGAAUCCUGCAGAACCAUGGGAAGAACCCGAACUGGAAGCGAGAGCAGAACAAAGAAGACAACCCCAUAGAGACCGUCGUCUUCCUCAACAUUUGCAGGACUAUGAACUAGCAAACAGCUAA